AUGGAGCCAGUCACUACACCCUCCAUCCAAAUCAGAAACACCACAGUCAAAGAACUGGACUCUGUGUCCCUGAACUGCUCCUCAAACGACACUGAGAUCUCCAUCCAUUGGCUCUUCAAUGGCCAGAGUCUGGAGCUCACUGAUAGGAUGAAGCUGUCCCUGGACAACAGGACCCUCAGCAUAGACCCUGUCAAGAGGGAGGAUUCCGGGAAGUAUCAGUGUGAGGUCUCCAAUCCAGUCAGUUCUGAGAGGAGUGACCCCAUCCAGCUGGACAUAAUAGUGCUAGUAACUACACCCUCCGUUCAAGUCAGCACCACCACAGUCAAAGAAUUGGACUCUGUGUCCCUGACCUGCUCUUCAAACGACACUGGGAUCUCCAUCCAUUGGCUCUUCAAUGGCCAGAGUCUGGGGCUCACCAAUAGAACGAAGCUGUCCCUGGACAACAGCACCCUCAUCAUAGACCUUGUGAGGAGGGAAGAUGCCGGAGAGUAUCAGUGUGAGGUCUCCAAUCCAGUCAGUUCUGAGAGGAGUGACCCCAUCCAGCUGGCCAUAUUAGCACUGCUACCCAAGCCCAGCAUCACAAGCAACAAUUCCAAUCCCAUGGAGGGUGAGGACUCAGUAGCAUUCACGUGUGAGCCUGAGACUGAGAAUACAAGCUACCUGUGGAGGAGAAAUGGCCAAAGCCUCUCAGAAGGUGACAGGCUGAAGCUGUCUGAGGGCAACAGGACUCUCACUUUACUCAGUGUUGUGAGGAAUGACACAGGAGAUUAUGAGUGUGAAACCCGGAACCCAGUGAGCACCUCCCGAAGUGACCCAUUCACUCUGAACAUUACUUAUGGUCCAGAUGACCCGAUCAUAUCCCCCUCCAAUACUUACUUCCGUUCAAGGAGAAACCUCAGCCUCUCCUGUCAAGCAGCCUCUAACCCACCUGCACUGUACUCUUGGUUUGUCAAUGGAGAGCUCCUGUCAUCCUCCCAAGAGCUCUUUAUCCAAAACAUCACUACUAAUAACAGUGGAUCCUAUACCUGCUUCAUCUAUAACUCUGUCACUGGCCUCAAUAAGACCAUAGUAAAGAACAUUGAAGUCCUUGAGCCAGUGACUAAACCCUCCAUCCUGGUCAGCAACACCACAGUCAAAGAACUGGACUCUGUGUCCCUGAACUGCUCCUCAAACGACACUGGGAUCUCUAUCCAUUGGCUCUUCAAUGGCCAGAGUCUGGAGCUCACUGAUAGAAUGAAGCUGUCCCUGGACAACAGCAUUCUCAGCAUAGACCCUGUCAAGAGGGAGGAUUCCGGGAAGUAUCAGUGUGAAGUCUCCAAUCCAGUCAGUUCUGACAGAAGUGACCCCAUCCUGCUGGACAUAAUAGCUGACCCAACACAAGGGAGUUCUGGCCUCUCGGGGGGUGCAAUUGCUGGCAUCGUCGUUGGAUCUGUGGCUGGCGUGACUCUGAUAGCAGCCCUGGCAUAUUUCCUUUGUUUCUAG